AUGAAUGUAGUUAUGAAAACCGAUGACCACAGAACAGUGACGACAGCCGGUACUUUGCCCCAAAGUGGCGCCAUCAGACAUGGGUCAUGGACGGGACGCCAUUGCUGUGAAGCGCGGCCUACUCUUCACUUUCAAAGUGUUGACUGGCGAAUACUCCUCAGGGUUGAUGACCUUAAUUACUCCAGCACAGAGCAGAGCUCUGGUUUGUUGGUGGGACUCUUGUUUAAAAGGCUUAAAAGUAGCAACGAAAAGGAGAUUUAUCAUAUACAAGAUCUCAAUGGUGUUGCUACAAAGCGAAAAGAACUUGACCAAUUAUGGAAGCGGGCUGUAGAGUGA